CGGUCCAUUCACAAUGAAUCUAUCUCGCUCGCCCAUGAAAUAAAAGCAAAAGAACUCUCAGAGGCUCAGACCAUUUCAUUGUCGAUCGGUCCCGCUCGUGGGUUUGGGUUUACCACGCCCUUGAAGUAGCCGGACACAGAGAUCCAACCAUAUCUAGUCCCUGGAUGUCAGCUUGGAGGUCAGCUCGUCCCAUCCGAGCCCAUAAGGAGUCACAGGAUUUUGUGGCCACGCCACCCGCUCGACCCGCUCGACCCGCUCGACUGACCUCAUCGGCCACGGUGAGAGCCCGCUCACCCCUUUUGAGUGGUGACCGAAGCCUCUCACGCGAAUCAGCCGCCGUUCAGACAGCCUUGGCCCCGGGGCACAUCCAGAUAUCCGAUCGGUGGACCGGUUCCAGUCUAGUUCAACUCUUAGCCGAGCCAUUUGCUCAAGUCCACUUGGGGACUUUUAAGACGUUCGAUUUUCGGCCGAGUCCGGGGACCGUGGUGUUGCUCUUGACGGAAGCCGAUUACGUGGGCAGUCCAGGACAGGCUUUCAAGCGCAAAGUAGCCAAGUUCUACGCGCAACGCGGCGCUUGUCAGGCCGUUGUCAUUUGCCAGCGGUCCGAGCUGACAUCUUUGGAGUUUCUCGCCGUCCAAGAGUUCGUAGUCAUCCAUUUGGGAUUGGCCCUCAUUCCCAUCAGCGAUCAAAAGGAGCUGCCCCAAUUCUUACACCAAUUGUCCGGGGUGCAGCGCAAAGCCAAUCCAUUUUUGUUGGGACGACAGCCGAGUCCGGCUUUUUCAGUCAAAGCCACACCGGGCCUGUCCGUCACCGUUCACAAGGAGCUCUUGACCACUCUAGCUACCAUACCCGGAUUAGGCCAGAAACGAGCUCGGGCCCUGUUGACCCAUUUCCGCACUUUGCUCGCCAUCUGUCAGGCUUCACCCCGUGAUUUGGCCCAAGUGGUGGGUCAGUCCCAAGCUUCAUCGGUGUACAACUUUGUCCACGCCAAACGCGCACCUAGCAAGUCAACCCGUUGAAAGAUGAUGGCUUUGAAUCAACUCCAAUCGGCGGUCAUCCAGCGAUCCCAGAUUGGCUUGCGCGCCUUCUCCACCACCACCACGGUCGAUCGAUGGCAUCGAAAUAAAGUGGCCAAUCGAAUGUUACGGAACCACGGUUAUGAGGACAACUUGCGCCGCACCGGCGCUCUGCCCCGACUUAGUAAUGACGACGACAAGCUAAAAGCUCAGCCCGUGUACACCCCUUACGAUCCUUUUGCACCCAAGCGAGCUCUCUGGGGACAGAAUGAUUACAUCGACAUCCUUGGCGAUGACAGUAUCCAUCCUGUGGACACCCAUUAUCACAUCCCGGAGUGGCUUCGGGGAUAUCGGUCUAACAUCUACGUGAAAUUCUUGAUUCGAAAGGUGAAUCACCUCGAAGAGUCAGGCAUGAAAUACGCCUUCCCUCACGACUGGAACGAAUUAGUACGUGAACGCGAUCGACUCCUCCACAAAGUCAAUCGCCAAUACAAUCAGAAAGGCUACACCAAUUACCGCGGCCUCAAAUAUGGAGAAAACAAGAACCACUACAAGACCAGAUAUCCUUUCUAACGUUUCCAAGGCACGUUACCUUGGUUUAAAUUCAAUAAUCUUCAUUUCAGUCUGUUAGCUUAACUAUCGAAUGUGUUUAAGUUCGUCAAUACACCUUGACUCACAUA